CAGCACCAUACGCGGAUUGGCGUUGACGCGCGACGAACGCCGCCGCGAAACAAUCGAAAAUCGAUCGACUUCGAAUUUUGUGCCAGUGUUGCUAGCUGUGAAAAUGAAACUUAUCAUUAUAUUCGCUAUCGCCUUGUGCGCUUACGCAACAGAGGUUGAAAAGAAGAAGGAAGCGGCGCCUGCAGAAGUAGCAGAUAAUAAGGAUAAAAGGCAAACCCAGCAGGAAUAUGUGCCAGGGGCCCUAUACCGAGUGCCCAGGAAACAGAAAGCUGCACCUGUUCAAGAACCACAAGAAGAUGAUAGGAAUGGCAGAUCGGACGCCGAAGAAUACCGACCUGGCCAGGUGAUCUCGCUCAAUCCUCAGGAGCUCCUCGAACUGCAACCAGAGAGGAAGGCUCCACUUAGCAGCAAUCAGCUUCUUCAGCAACUGUACAGUCCGCAACAGCAACAGGAGCAGAAGCCAGGCCCUCAGCAGAUUUAUUACCUAGAACCACAGACUGCUAGACAGGUUGCAUAUCAGCCAUCGCAUGCAGUGAUCGCUCGUCCCCAUUACUCAUCGAACGGCGGUGAAGCGUCAGUAGGAGCUGCACUAUCGGUCAGCGACUCAGGAACAAGCUCCUCUGACUUCGAUCAGGAACUUUUGGCUUUAUUGAGCCAUUCCCAAGGCAGAACAGAAGAGCCCCGUCAACAGUAUCAGACACAAGUUCAACAGGCAUCAACACAAAGUGUUGCACCACAAUAUCAACAGGUCGACAGAUAUAUUACAAAACCCAGCAAAAAGCCAUCGAAACUGCGUCCAAAAGUUACUCCUCCUCAACCUCUGCCUGCAGGAGCACCUCAACAAUACUUAAUAGAAACCACAAAUGUUCAACAGCAACAACCACAACAAUCGCAAGUACAAUAUCGUCCUGUCCAUCAUCAACCACAGAGACCAGUACAGUCAUUGAGAUAUGUACCAAUUCAACCAGCUCAAGCUGCUGUUCAACAGGUAGUAUAUGAACGUCCAGAAUCACAAGGCCUCAAAGUAGUACCAGCUCCCAAACUCGUACAAGAACCUGUACAACAACAGGUGGCCUAUAGAUUUAUACCUCAAUACCAACAGCCUGAAGCUACUCCAAAACAAUACCGAAUUAUUGAUGUUCCUAGACCUCAAGUAAUCAGGCCUGACCAAAGACCCCCAUCUAGUGCUGAACGGCCAGUAACAUAUUUGAAACGCUAUCCAGAACCUGAAAAAAAUCGUGCUGUUAAAAUAUACGACCCUGCUUCAGUAGAAUUAGCAGCUGAACGACAAUCCCCUCAAGCUGUCGGACAACAGUAUUACUUGCGCCCCGUUUAUAGAACGAAUGAACAGAAUAUUAGAUAUGAAUCGGUUGUACCUGCCACAUCUGCAGAACAGCCUCGUGCUCCGUUACCUACUAAAACGCCACAUUCUGCAAUUUAUGUCAGUAAAAAUCUUAGUUCGAAAAAACCCAGACCACUUCAUUUAAGACCCGAUGAAGCUGUAAGUAGCGAACAGCCACGAACAGAACAUAUUUCUAGAUUAGAACAAGUUGUUAGAAUAGAACAAGCAGCCAGAGCUCAACAAUCUGCUAGAGCAGAACAAGCUGCGAGAACACAAUUAGCAAUGAGAGCGCAACAAAUUGCUCAUACUGAACAAACAGCAAGAGCACAACAAGCUGCAGAACAAGUAGGCAUCGAGCAGUAUAGUCAGAAUAUCGAUGAUCAACGAGCUCAAUUACCUCCACCAAAAAACAACAAAGCUUAUACUCCAGAGGAAUUCGCAGCAUUAGUAGCAGCCGGUUACGCUGUCACGCCUAUUCCAGUCAGUACGUUAAAUGCCCAACAAGCCCAGUCUAGAUCUUCAGAAGAAAUUCAAAUACCUCAAUUAAAACACCGACCCAUUUACAGGAGACCCCAAUAUUUGCCUAUCAGAGGUGACGAUGCACCUUAAAAAAUUUGACCAUAUUGUACAUAAUUUUAGCUAUAAUUCUGUAAAUUAAUAAAAUAGUGAUAUUA